CCGCGGAAGCCAGGCCCAUCCAAGAUGGCGGCGCCCCUGCCCGGCUACUUCCGCCCGGGUCACGUGAGGCGGGAAAGCCGGGGACUUGUCCCACGCGGCUCCAAGAUGGCGGCGCCCAUGCUGAGCGCUCUGCGGCGGCCGGGCUGGGGCCUGCGCGGGGUUGGGCGGGCUCGCGCCAGCGGCCCCCACCGGAGGGACAUCAGUUUCAAGCUAGAUGAGCGAACGGCUCACAGCAGCCUGGAUCUCUCCAAAAAAGACACCGGCGUCAUUUACCGCAUGCUGGGGAUUGACCCAACCAAAGUCCCCCAGAACCCUGAGCGAUUUCGGGAGUGGGCUGUGGUGCUGGGGGACGCUGCCGUGUCCAGCGGCCAGCACUACUGGGAAGUGACAGUCAAGCGCUCGCAGCAGUUCCGUAUCGGCGUGGCUGAUGUGGACAUUUCCAGGGAAGGGUGCAUUGGGCACGACGACCACUCCUGGGUGUUUGCGUACUCCCACCGCAGGUGGUACGCCAUGCUGGCCAACGAAACCACCCCCAUCAGUAACAUCGGCAACCCUGAGCGCGUGGGGCUGCUGCUGGACUACGAGGGCAGGAAACUCAGCCUGGUGGAUGUGGGCAAACAGGUGUUCAUCCAUACCCUGGCCACGGAUUUCCAGGGGCCCGUGGUGCCCGCAUUUGCUCUCUGGGAUGGGGAGCUGCUAACUCAUUCUGGGUUGGAUGUGCCCAAGAACCUCCGGGACAGUUAAUGGUCAACCGCAGGGCCUGGGAUGUCUGGACAUGCCCUCCUGUAGGGAAACCUCCUUCAGCGUGAGGCAGAGAAAGGGAUUUGGUCAGUCCCCUCACCCCGUUCAGUCCCGAGGGGGCGCUCUCCAGGCAGCUCUAGAGCUUGCUUUCCCCUUGGGAAGGAGCCGUCCCCUCUCAGUCCCCAGCUAGGAACCAACUCCAGCUCUUCUGCUCAGCUAAAGCAGGGUCCUCAGGCCAAGAUUCUGCCCGCUAGGUCUGUGGCUCAACCCUGGAGCAGAGAAGCCCCUCGCUGCCCCCGGAGAUCAGGCAAUCCCAGACUUGUUUCCCUUCUCCAUCUUAGCUAGUCCUUAGGAGCUUUGUGGCCAUCUGCCACUCCUGUGCCAAACGCCCUGCCGGUCCCUGCGCCUGUUCCCCCAUCAGUGCUCCCGGUGGCAGAUUUGGAUUUGAAUGACAUGAGGCUUUGCUGGAGGGAGGGAAGCGUCACUGUCGCCCCCUUCUGUCUCAGGGAGGGGGGGACAGUCAGGCGCAGCAGUUCUCAGCUGGUCGGUCGUGCGUCUCAGCGGCUGCACCUGAACCCAGCCGGAAACCUAGAUCCCAUUCCUGUGUCGGCAAGGGCCGUUACGCUUCCGUUUCCACAAGUGCUUUAUUAAGACACAGCUUAUUAAGCCGUGCUUUAUUAAGAAGCUCCCUCUUCUCCCACAGCAUCCCCACCAAAGCUGUGGUCGUUUCCCCCCACUGUCUGGAGCCAAUCAGCAGGCCCCAGGGAUGGGCGGGCAAACGAAUCCUGGCGCCGUUGCUUAGUGCAGCCACAGGGGUGUUCCUGGAUGCAGGGGAAAAAACCCAGGAAGGAGCAAUACAUUUGGGCAGGGACUUUGUGUCUGUAGCUUUCCUCUCAGCCAUGGUUUGUCUGGCUUAGCCGGGGGAGGGGGAACAGUGCUACCCCCCCAACCCCAUUAAGGACUUUGCCACUGCCCCUUCCCAAUCCUUCAGGGCAGGGGUGGCCAACCUGGGGCUUAGAAGGAGCCAGAAUUUACCAAUGUGCAUUGCCAAAGAGCCACAGUAACACGUCAGCUCCCCCCAGCCCCCCGCCCCCAGUGUCUCCUGCCCGCCGCGAUCAGCUGUUUUGUGGUGUGCAGGGAGCUCAGGGGGGAGGAGCAGGGGCGCGUCAGACUCGGGGAAGGGGCGGGGGCCUUGGGGAAAGGAGUGGAGUGGGACAGAGCCAGGGGUUGAGCAGUGAGGACCCCCCAGCGCAUUGGAAAGUCGGCACCUGUAGCUCCAGCCCCUGUGUCUAUGUGAGGAGCUGCAUAUUAACCUCCGAAGAGCCGCAUGUGGUCCCAUCCCUCAGCAGCCCCGGUGCAUCCGGCUACGUUCACACAAACCCAGCCCCCCGGCGGUGCUUUGCUGACUGUGUGUAUUGGUGGGUCUCCCAAUCCCCUCCCCUGUAAUAAACCGGAGAAUCCUCA